GUUCCGGCUGAAUACACUGGGAACAAAAACGCAGGGCAGCUGCGGCUGUGCGAGGGCUUGGGACGGGAACGGCUGGGACGCACUCUUAUUUCCCUGCGGUCUGGAGGGAUGGGGGAGCCGAAGGUCGAGGUGAAGGCGGUGGAAGAAGAAGCAGAGGCGAAACAGCAGGCGAAUAAGAAUGGGAAGAAGUCAGACGGAGCAGGAGGAACCUCCUUCUUCACCUGGUUCAUGGUGCUGGCUCUUCUGGGAGUGUGGACCUCUGUAGCCGUGGUCUACUUUGACCUGGUUGACUAUCAAGGCGUCAUUGGUAAACUUGUUUCCUACGACGCUGACGGCGACGGUGACUUUGACGUGGAGGAUGCCAAAGUACUCCUAGGACUGAAAGAGAAGCCUACCGUUGUGACAAGUCCACCUGCUGAAGAAGAGCCCUCUACAGCACCUGUUGAAGAAGCUCCAGCACCAGAGCCUGUUGUAGAGGAGGAGAUUCAAGCCGCCCAAGUUAAGGAGUCAGCUCAGCCUCCACCAGAGCCUGAGCCAGAGCCUGAGGCUGUGGAGGAGGAGCCUGAAGCGGCGGAUGAGGAGCCUGAAGCGGCGGAUGAGGAGCCUGAAGCGGCGGAUGAGGAGCCUGAAGCGGCAGAUGAGGAGCCUGAAGCGGCAGAUGAGGAGCCUGAAGCGGCAGAUGAGGAGCCUGAGGCUGCAGAAGAGGAGCCUGAGGCUGCAGAAGAGGAGCCUGAGGCUGCAGAAGAGGAGCCUGAGGCUGUAGAGGAGGAAGCAGCUGAGGUGGAACCAGAGGAUGAGGACGACCAAGAGGUUCCUGAGGAAGAACCCGAAGUUGUAGAGGAAGAGCCAGAAGUGGAAGAAGAGGCUGAGCCAGUUCAGGAACAGGCCGCUCCAGUUGAAGAGGUAGUUGAGGAGGCUGGCAAUGUAGAAGAAGCAGUCCAGGAGGUAGUUGAGGAGGUUGUUCAUGCAGAAGAAGCAGUCCAGGAGGUAGCUGAGGAGGCUGUGCAUGUAGAAGAAGCAGUCCAGGAGCUAGCUGAAGAGGUUGUCCAUGUAGAAGAAGCAGUCCAGGAGGCAGUUGAGGAAGCUGUCCAUGUAGAAGAAGCAGUCGAGGAGGUAGUUGAGGAGGCUGGCCAUGUAGAAGAAGCAGUUGAGGAGGUAAUUGAGGAGGCUGCCCAUGUAGAAGACUCAGUCAAGGAUGCUGCACCUGUUGAAGAGGCAGUUGAGGAGACAGUGGAGGAAAGAGCAGAAGAAGCUGCACCUGUUGAAGAGGCAGUUGAGGAGGCUGCCCCUGUUGAGGAGACCGUGGAGGAAAGAGCAGAAGAAGCUGAACCUGUUGAGGAGACUGUAGAAGAGGCAGCCCCUGUUGAGGAAGAAGCACCUGUGGAGGAAGAGGCAGAAGAGGCUGUAACGGAACAGGACGAAGCACUUCACGAAGAGGAAACUGAAGAAGAACCAGCGGCAGAAUCAGAAGAGAGCGAAUAUACAGAGGAAACAGAAGAGGACACAGAUUUAGGAACAACAGAAGAAACAGAGGCAGAGGAGACAGAAUCACUAAGUCAAUCUGAAGAUGAGGUAGCUGCUGAGGAGGAACAGCCGGAAGAAGAAGUUACAGAAACGUAAAGUUGCGAGGCUGCGUGUCCCGAGGCAGAGAGGAGCAGCCAUGUGGCAUUCCACUACGAGUGAGCAGCUGAGCGUUCCCACGACGGAGUAACAAAGGACAAAACUAGCAUCCUGUUUUGUUUUUUGUAUUUUUUUGAGGGUUUUUUUUUUUGUUGUUUUUGUUCCAUUUAGACACUCAGAUAUUGAAAUGAUAAUGUGGUUUUUUUGUGUAUAUGUUAAGUACACAUUUUUUUUUUACUUUUAAAUUGUUUUCUCUUUUGUUCUUUGGAUUUUUGCUGUCAUUUUUCUUCCCUUCCGAACAUCUUAACUGCAAUGCCCAGUCGAUUCUUUUCUCCUUUCUUCCUUUAAAGUAGAUGUGAAGGUAGCAUUUUUUUUCACCACGUGGAGUGGUUUGGUUUGAGACUAGAUUUUUUCUUUCCUGUGUAUAAGAGCAGAGGUACAUGUUGCUUUGUAAGUUUGAUAUCUUCACAUUGUAUCGUUUCUGAUUUGUGAAUUCAUCGGUGUCUCUCCCUGUUGAGUUGUCUGUUAGAAUAUAAAGCAAACGUUGUUUUAAUGUGAAGGUACUAUGCAAAGCUGCACUGAUCUUUGACAGUGGUUUCACUAAGUGUAGUAUUACCGUUACGUAUUGAGAAGACUCUUCUAACGUUGCAUAUCAAAGGCGAAUUUAUGCUGGCAGGUUAACUAAGACGAUUUUCAGGCUGUGGUGCGAGUGCGUGCGCGAGUGUUGCUGUUAGUGUGCGUGUAAAAGUAUAACCUUUGCGAAACAAUCCUAUGAGCCAUGUUUUUUCGAAUCUUUCCAUGACACUUAAUUCUCUUAUUCUUAAAUAUUGUUUGUUAGCCUUUAGUACCUCCUUCGGUCCAUUUAAUCCAAACACUGCAUGUGUUUUGCACAGAGCUCGAUCAGAGGAAGGCGUGUCACAUUUCAUAUUCUGUAGGCUGGCACUUAUUUUACAAGCGUGUCGGGUUAUUCGCGAGCACCAGUCUGUGUUGCCUUCUGAUUGAAUUCUUCUGAGAGAUUCUUCUGUUGACUAUGGCUCUGCAGUUUGACUUAAAAAUGCAGUAGGGGGCGAUCAAGAGCACAUCACGUACCUCUUUUGAUUGUAAUGCUUUUACUGGCGAUUUGACUCAAGCUAGGCAUCACUGUUUCAGACGGACACUCCAGCUGCUGUGUUUGUGUACGAGGGUCUGUGAGACAGUAAGCCUGAGGGUCUUCCCAAAUAGAACCGCUUGGUGGGAAAAGAAACGGGACAAAAAGAAAAGGGACAAAAACCUACAUUAUCUUUGCAUAUGCGAAGUUGUUUGUAUAUCAUUCAUUUCGACAUCUAAAUAAUUUUGGCAGACUUCCUGCGAUACCUGUGUCCUGAUUACAGUAGGUCAUUUAUAUAGUCUACAGAAAGUUGCACACCGAAUGCAGCAUGACAAAGCCGCAUGAAAAUGCGGAAUAUUUGGACAAUUUUUUUCCCCCCACAUCAUGAUACACACCGUACACGGUGAGAUUUUUAAUUUUUUUUGUAAUUUUGCCCUGUUUUUUAUAUAUCGCUGCUGUCGGAACAAAACCUUAUCUCCAAAAUGGUAACUUUACAGGAGACAGAAAAAACAUACUUUACUUUUAAUGCAAGUCAGAGUAACCAGACUUUUCCAGUUAUUUUGGGCCGUUUCUGUUGAUCCAUUCAUCAUAAAAUUUACAAUGUAAAGGGCAACGGGCACUUUCAAAUUAUGUCAAAAACUGAAAAAUGUCAGAAAUAGAGAUACAAGGUUUGUUCUGACAGCGAUAUGGGUGUAUGUAUAUAUCAGAAAGGGUCCUUUACUCUUCAUAAAACAGUCAAACUGUGACGGUAUGCAAAUGUUUUCCGCUUUGGAAGAACAAAAGGAGAAUGGAGAAUUUCUUCACCUCAUUUAGGAGCUGAAACUGUACGAGAUCUUUCACCCACAACUGGGAUCUCAGCUUUGAGCUGAUUUUAGAGCCCCACACUAAACGAAGCACAAACCAAAUGGGCUCAAUGUCUUUAAGUGCAAAUAAGAUCCGAUUAUUUGCCCCCAGCAGAACGGACAAACGGUGACACUGGACUACUGUCCAUUCUGGAAAAGUAUAAGUAGCUUGAAGAGUUUCACCACUUCAUUUAGAAAACGUUGAGCUCUUCCAUAUUUAAGCUGAUGUUUGUAGGUCAGAUUGAGCUGCUUUUUGGAGAUUCUGAUAGUUUUAGCUUUUCUAAAAAGCCCUAUUUGCUGGAACACAGCUUCUGUCGUCUUGGUUGUUGUCAUGCCAACACUAGAGAUGGUCAUGAUUGGUCAGUGAGUUUUUGUCAUCGGUGAAGGCUAAUUACAUGUCUCCAGUUUGCCAUCUGAAAAAGCGCGUUUGGUGUGAAAGAUACUGUCAGUAAUACACAUUUUCAAAUUAAUUCACUGUCGUCCGAAUAAAUCGCACACAUUAAUCGCAUUUUGUGUGUAACAGCUUAAAGACUAAGAAAGGAAAUGCUGUAUUAGAUCCGUUAGGGAAUACGACCAGGUGCAUUUGGUCACUCUUCAGUCUUAACAGGGCCUCAGUGGGCUGUGUUUACUCAAUAAUAUUGUUGCUGUCAUUAUAAUCAUGGUUAGUCUUACAACAUGGUUACACAAACAAUAAUGUAGCAAGUCCUGUUUUAAAGAAAAGUCAUGUCAGUUUCAAUUUUGGCUCUGUGUCACUGUGGAUUCAUCCUUUUUCUCAUCCUCUUCUCUCCUCUCUCUCUGUUCUGUAGUGUUAUACUGUGUGUACAUUGCUGUCGUAAGGGGCCUGCCAGAAUAAAUGUUUUCAGAACAGGUAGAAGAGUUUGCAAUAUAGUUUUUAGGGACUAUUUUUGUUUUUCUAUAACAUUCGAGGGUUUUUUCUACUCAACACUUUUGCAGUCAAUGUGAAUUUUUAAAGUGGUAUUAACUUACGUAAUACAAAAUUUUACGAUUAGAUUAUUUUUGUUUUGUUUUUAAGAUUUUAAAAGGACUUUCUAGGCAAACGUUUGUAACUGAAGAAACAAAAGUGUUAACUUUUCAAAGCCAUAAGUGAACAGUGGGAUUCAGCAGCUUGCUAAGGAUGAUAUUUCAAGGGAAAGUGUGGCAUCGCACAACCAGCAAUAAAUCUAUCUGCAAGGGGGUUUAUCUUAUUGCAGUCCACUAAACAGGAGUUUACCCCAGUGGCUUUUAUUUUUUUUGUUGAAUUAAUAGGUUUACAUGAUUAUUCUGCUGUAUAGGCUAACACAUUUUAAGUUAUUGCAAUUUUAGGGACUUUUGGGUGAUGUCACAAUUCUGUAAACAACUGUAAAUUUUCUGUUUGAGUGCUGCAAUAAAGGUUUGGGACAAAAAGAACUACAAAAAA